AUGUUUUCUCUUCAGGUACCUUCUAUUCUGAUAGUGCUUGUGAUAUGGAUCGCUGGGACAUCACCAAGCCAUGGACAGCGGUAUCAUCGAUCCUUUCAAAAUCCCAAUUCCUUCAACAAUCGCGUUUCCGUCCCUUACUAUAAACCUGGGUUAAAGAGUCUGUCCAGUGUGGGUGGAGUCUACGGCCUAUUGUCCCUGGGGCUCCCCUCGCAUGUUGCCAGGUCUCCGAGAGCAGGGUACACUCCACAAGGGUACCCUUCCGGUUCCAAUGUUAACCCGUACCAGGUCCAGGUCCAGGUCCAGAACCAGAACAGAGCACGACCAGGAAGUUAUGUUCCUGUUAAUCCCAAUCGUUAUCAACCAAGUGGCAAUUUCCCGAGGAAGACUUCUGUUAAUGUCUACAAGCCUGGUCCCACCGCUCCCCAUCUUGAUCUGUUGUUAGCUGCAAAAGCUAGGAUUGGUGGAGGUAGGAAUUAUCAGUCUCCGUACCAACAUAACACCGGGUACCCUGUGUCAGGCAGACAGUACGCUCCUCGGUCUGGUCGCGUUGCCCCAGUAACGGGAACAGGAAGAGUGGUCGGGUCGAGAUACCCUCCAUCAGAUUCAGUCUCCCUAACCAACUUACAUAAUUAUAACCCUGCGUCGCAGCCAACGUUCUCGACACGGUCUGGUUACCCGCAACAGCCUGCGUACCCUGCUCCCCGGCAACCAACGUACGGAGCACAACCAGCACAACGACCAACAUAUCCAGCACAACCUGGUUACCCUCAACAGCCAGCUCUCCCAGCUCCCCAGCAACCAACGUACGGAGCACAACCAGCACAACAACCAACAUAUCCAGCACAACCUGGUUACCCUCAACAGCCAGCUCCCCGAGCUCCCCAGCAACCAACGUACGGAGCACAACCAGCACAACAACCAACAUAUCCAGCACAAGCAGCACAACAACCAACCUAUCCAGUCCAAACAGCGCAACAACCAAAUGAGCAGCCAGAAUACCCACUGGUGGCAAGACAACAAACAGGUUACAGGCCACAAGAACCAACACAUCCACAAAACAGUUACCACCCAGAACUAGCUACUUAUCCAGCACAGCAAAGCUACCAACCACAACAGCCAGAAUACCAUGUUGCAGCAAACUCACAACCAAGGGUACACACGGGAUCUCUUCCUCGCAGUAACCAGUGCUUCAACAACUACAUGGACCAACUCAGGUCCUAUGGAUUUGGCUUUGACAAACUGGGGUACCCGGGCGAUCUCAUCCAGAAAGAAAUUACAGCCCAAAGUACACUUCCAGGACAGAUAUUUACCCCCAGCUCUCAGACCUACCCCUCACCUGACCGUCACGGGAUGUGUAAUGCUGACAGGAAGAUUCUAACUAAGAUUUCUCACAACGGUGGUGUGUGUUAUUUGAUCCAACCGGAUACCCAGAAUGUCCAGGUGUACAUGUGCAGAUCUCGAGAAUUCCCGUAUGGUGGACCCUCACAGGGUAUUAACAAGUGCGUGGAGAAAUAUGCCGACCGAGAAGUGGCGGCCUACUGUGACGGAACCGGAACCGGAAAUAAGAUCCUCAAGUUGAAAGUGAGGCUUCCUGUUGGCUGCGGACCUAAGAUGUACUCAUGCUAG